AUGAAUGUGAAAGAUUCUAAUGAACUGAAGAGAGGCGCAGGAUACCUCAAGGAAAAGGCUAUUAUUGGAUUGGCUCGUGUGACAGGAGAUGAAUUGGAUCGGGCAAUUAUGAAGGUAACAAGCCAUAUGCUAAAGGCACCAAAAGAGAAACACAUGCAAAGGCUCUUGGCUACGACUUAUGGGCAUUAUAAAAAUGAUAUUCGCGAUGGGAAAAGCAUCUGUGGGCACAUCGUGGCAGAACUUGAAAAAAGAAUGCACACACACAAUUGGAUUGUGGUGCUCAAGACUCUGGUGACAUUGCACCGUUUGAUGACAGAUGGGUCGAAUGAAUUCAAUGCCUGUAUAAAGCGAAAUCGAAGUAUAUUUUGCGCUCGGAAUCUGAAGGACCUUUCUGAAAGUGUGGAGGGCGCAGCUCAGGCAUUGUUCAUUCGACAAUAUUUAAGUUAUCUUGAGGAGCGUGCAAUUUCACAGGAGGCAAUUGGUGUUGAUAAUCGUUUGGAGAGUGUUGAUUUCAGCUCUUAUUUGCGUUCAAUGGAUGUGGAUUCCCUAACCCCUUUCUUUGGAGCGCUGUUGGGUCAGCUCGCUGCCCUCGUUGCUGUGGAAUACCAAGAAGCCAUAGUAGAUAACUUUUGUACACUGGAAGCGUAUCAAAGGCUUGUAUGUGAUGGGAAAAUUUUGUAUCAACUGCUUUCUAAUCGAGUCAUAUUUGUACUUGACGGAUUCGACGACUUUUCACUUCCCCUAAAAAAAGUUUGGCUGGAGCUUUACCGGCAGUACAGUGUGGUAGUGGAAAAACUGCGCUUAUUAUUUGACUCGAUCCUCAGAUCAUCAAAAGUUUUUAUGCAACCUCCACCACAGCUAAAGCCUCUGCCAGAUUCUUUUCUGGGGCAAUUGGAGGACGAUGUUCGCUUGAGUAGCAUUCCAAGGGAAGAUGUAACUGAGACGUUGGGAAAAUUGGGAACAUGUGGAAGUGAAAUAAAGACUCCGCCGAGAGAAACGGUCGAAAAAGCAUCACCUCCACUAUCACCCUCAGUGAACGCACAACCACGAAGUGGUAAAGAAUCCCCUUCUAUACCACCCGUUGCUACUGAAAAGAAAGAGGCGGCAUUCUCUAUGGAUGAGCUUUUUGUCAGCGCACCCGCAGCAGAAUCAGGACCGGCGGUUCCUUCUGCUCCAGCCGAUCCCUUGGUGGAUAACCAGCAUUUUCCGUUGUUCAGUCCUCAAUCUGAGGAAAAUGUUGGGCCAGAAAAGCUUGGGGAUCACUAUGCUGCUUUAAACACGGUAAUUGAUGAUGGGUGGUCAACCGGUGCCCCCGUAUCUUGGGAAGGUACCCCAUCCGUACAAUACUCAACUGCGGCUACAGUUGCAGAUGGAAUUUCUCAUACCGUAUGGGGAGGAACUUAUUCCUCAGCAACUGAUGCGAUUCCAAAACAAGGCAAUGAAAACGUUUUCAAGGAAUUAUAUAAUGAAGAACAAAAGGGUUGGCAUGCCAAUAACAUUUAG